UUGUCCCGUCUCGAGUUUAGUAUAUUAGCCAUUGGUCUGGGAUAUGAAAUUUUGUACUAGCGCAUUUAAGAUAUCCCCACGUCUUGCCGAGUUAAAGGCAUUCUUCACGUCGAGCAUUACACCCAUGCAUAGAUUCCUGAAUAGAUGGUCACUGGCCUGUUUUGCUUUUCUUUUGCUACUAUUACUAUUUGAUUGAUUGAGUCUAUGGACGACUUUCCAGGUAUAAAGCCAUAUUGCCUUUGAUAUAAUCCUCUAGUUUUAGUCACGGCAUCUUCUUCAACAGUUUUUCAAAGAGAUUCCCAGCUAUGUCCAGUACGCAUUACUGAGUGUUGGCUAAGGCGGUGUACGAGUAGCCAUUUCCAUUGCCACCUUCCACUGUUCUAGGAAAAUUCCAUGUAAUAUUUCAUGAAAUUAUUGUAUUGUCAUCGGUCAAUGGUUGGUAUGAAAAGUUUUUAAUUUAUCUGACGUUUCAAAGUGAUACGAAUUUAUGGAUUCCCUAUUAUUGACAAGAGUGCAAAAUUUUGAUUUCAUCUGAUAGUUCUUUUCAUACAUAAAAACUAAGUCAAUAUAAAGAAGAUUAUAAUGAAGACAAACUGUAAAGUAAAAACCUGCUAUUGAUAUUUGCAAUUUAUAAAACUAUAUUAGCUUGUAAAAAAAAUCAUUUGUGAUUAAAGUUUUGGAAUAACUGAUUGGUCAUAAGUGGAAAAACAAGUUUCAGUAGAAAAAGCAGUGUUGUGUUGUUAGUCCAUGUCUAGCAUUAUUCGAAGAACAUUAUAUCUCGUUUGUGCAUUUGAAAUUAUAACGAACAAAAUAAUAUUUUUCAAGUUAUUCAAUAUUGACAAUAAGAUGAUUUUUGUUAUAUUUUUAUUUUCUGUUUUAUUUAAUACUUUAACAGUAAUAUUGGGAAAUGACAGUGAAUUUGUAUCUCCUGUUUUAACAUCCAAGAAAAAUACACCGAAUUGGUUUUCGUUUGCAGGAAAAACCUAUUACGUCGACACAGUUUUUAAGGCAAAUUUUUACAAGUCGCUACAAUUCUGUAGACAACAAGGAAUGCAUCUUCUCAGUAUAAAUAGUCAACAAGAAAACGAUAGAAUUGGGAAGUUCAUUCAAGAUAGUGGUUUAAGUUACGGACAUUACUGGACAUCGGCAUCAAAUCUUGCGGGAGAUAAUGAAUGGGUUUGGUUGUCGACCGGUCAAAAUAUGAGAUACGCUAAUUGGUAUCCCGGUGAACCGAGCGGAAAAAAUUCUCAGAAUAAUUCUGAAAAUUGCGUCGAAGCUCGCCACUGGGCGCAACCCAGUGGGUUCACGUGGAAUGAUAUAGAUUGUUUAUCCGAACUAUAUUUUAUUUGUGAAUCGAUAGUAGAUUGUCCUUCUAGCGUUCCAAAACGUCGUAAGAAAUAAUUUUUCUUAUCAAAAGUUUAAAUAAAGAAAUAUAUGACAAUAGAAUCAGUUUCUUAAGGUAAUGAGAAAACGGAUAAUGAUGAAUUCCAAAGGAGGUUUUUCCCCACCAAUAGAAAGUAAAAUUUAUUAGAUUUUGAUGAAAAUAAUUUUUUUAUAAUGUCAUUACCUAUGCUAUUUUGUAAUUUAAAUCGUACUUAAUCUUGUGAAUUUUUGAAAAUAAAAAUUUUAGAAA